AUAAAACCAGGUGCAAGGCGAACCCGAACCCCUGGCUCUCCGCACUCCGGCACCACAGCCACUUCUUCACUGCCUCCCCCUCGUCUCCGUGGGAGGAAGGACUCGCGGCAGGCGGCGGCGGCGGCGGCAGCAGGCUCCCCUGGAUCUCCUGAAUCUGUAGGAAAUGGCUGACGGCGAGGACAUCCAGCCCCUUGUAUGUGAUAAUGGAACUGGAAUGGUCAAGGCUGGUUUUGCUGGGGAUGAUGCUCCAAGAGCUGUUUUCCCAAGUAUUGUUGGGCGUCCCCGUCACACUGGUGUGAUGGUUGGCAUGGGGCAGAAGGAUGCAUAUGUUGGUGAUGAGGCACAGUCCAAGAGGGGUAUCCUCACCUUGAAGUACCCGAUCGAGCACGGCAUUGUUAGCAAUUGGGAUGAUAUGGAGAAGAUCUGGCACCACACAUUCUACAAUGAACUCCGUGUUGCACCUGAGGAGCACCCUGUGCUGCUGACUGAGGCGCCACUCAACCCCAAGGCUAACAGGGAGAAGAUGACCCAAAUCAUGUUUGAGACCUUCAAUGUUCCUGCCAUGUAUGUCGCCAUCCAGGCUGUGCUGUCCCUGUAUGCCAGUGGACGUACAACUGGUAUUGUAUUGGACUCUGGUGAUGGUGUCAGCCACACCGUGCCAAUCUAUGAGGGAUACGCCCUUCCUCACGCCAUCCUCCGUCUUGACCUUGCUGGACGCGACCUGACUGACAGCCUGAUGAAGAUCCUCACUGAGAGAGGUUACUCCUUCACCACCACUGCCGAACGGGAAAUUGUGAGGGACAUCAAGGAAAAGCUUGCAUAUGUGGCUCUUGACUACGAGCAGGAGCUGGAGAAUGCCAAGAGCAGCUCAUCUGUGGAGAAGAGCUAUGAGCUGCCUGAUGGGCAGGUGAUCACCAUCGGGGCUGAGAGAUUCAGAUGCCCUGAGGUCCUCUUCCAGCCUUCCUUCAUUGGUAUGGAAGCUCCUGGAAUCCAUGAGACAACCUACAACUCAAUCAUGAAGUGUGAUGUAGAUAUCAGGAAGGAUUUGUAUGGUAACAUUGUGCUCAGUGGUGGCUCAACCAUGUUCCCUGGUAUUGCUGAUCGUAUGAGCAAGGAGAUCACUGCCCUUGCGCCGAGCAGCAUGAAAAUUAAGGUGGUGGCACCACCUGAGAGGAAAUACAGUGUUUGGAUAGGAGGGUCCAUCCUUGCGUCCCUUAGCACCUUCCAACAGAUGUGGAUCUCAAAGGGUGAGUAUGAUGAGUCGGGUCCAGCAAUUGUUCACCGGAAGUGCUUCUAAGUCCUGGAGCUUCUUCGCCUUUCUUCUCUGUAUCUAUUGCUUUCUUAAAGUCCUUUUUCGUGUAAGCUACUAUGUUUGAGACUGUUAGCCUUCGAGCAGGCAGUGUUGUUGGGUUUAUUUUGUGGCUCACUACUACGCAACUACUGAACUCUUCAUAUGUAACAUGUCCGGUGGCUGUUGCUGCUGCAUCAGCAUGCAUUGCUCCAGCUCCUUUCCAUUCCAAGUUUGUUGCCAGUGGUGAACCCCCCCCCCCCCCCCCCAAAAAAAAGGAGAGAAAAUUGGAAGUUAUCAAACAACCUAGGAUCAUCUAUUGUAACUGUACUUGUGUGAGCCACAUUAUCAUUUCUCUUUGUACAUCCAUCUAAGAUCUGAAACUCAGUUUGAUUGUUAUUUCAGUUUAUGAUUUCUGAGA